GAAAAAAAAGGAAUGUUUGGACAAUCCUGCGACCAGCCUGUAACAAUGACCUGAAAAACCAACGAAGAGAAGAAUACAUUGACAGAAUAUUCUCCUUGUCACGCAAACCCUCUAUACUAUUUAUUUCCUUUAAAGUUUCUUUUGCCCUUUCUCGACGCCUUUUACAUCUGCCAACGCAAGGAUUCUCUUCUGGAUUGGAAUCCUCAAGAUCUUUCAGCAGUACAGAUUAAGUUUGAGAUGAUAUGACGAAACAAGAGCAGCACAUUGCGAUAUUUACCACAGCUAGUCUUCCAUGGCUGACGGGAACUGCUGUGAAUCCUCUGUUCCGUGCUGCCUACCUUGCAAAAGACGGGGAAAGGCGGGUCACUUUGGUGAUUCCUUGGCUGACUGUGAAACACCAACUGCUUGUCUACCCUAACAGCAUCACCUUUAGUUCCCCAUCAGACCAUGAAGCUUAUGUUCGUCGGUGGCUUGAAGAAAGAGUCUCGUUUCCUUUAGGCUUUGAGAUACGUUUCUAUCCAGGAAAGUUUGCCACAGACAAAAGAAGUAUUCUUCCUGUCGGGGAUAUAUCGGAUACCAUCCCUGAUGAAGAGGCAGACAUAGCUGUCCUUGAGGAGCCUGAGCAUCUCACAUGGUUUCAUCAUGGCAAAAAAUGGAAAACUAAGUUCAACUACGUCAUAGGGAUCGUACACACAAACUACUUGGAAUACGUAAAGAGAGAGAAACAGGGCCGUCUUAAAGCUUUUCUCCUCAAGUAUUUAAACAGUUGGGUUGUUGGCAUUUACUGCCACAAGGUAAUCAGAUUAUCUGCUGCGACUCAAGAAUACCCCAAAUCUAUAGUCUGCAACGUUCAUGGUGUCAACCCUAAAUUUCUCGAGAUUGGUUUGACAAAACUAGAACAGCAGAAGCUCCAGGAGCAGGCCUUCACUAAAGGCGCAUACUACAUUGGUAAGAUGGUCUGGAGCAAAGGGUACAAGGAGCUUCUAAAACUACUUAAGAAACACCAAACUGAACUCAGUGAGUUAGAGGUUGAUUUAUACGGUAGCGGAGAGGACUCUGAAGAGAUCAAAGAAGCAGCCCAAAAACUCGACCUCAAGGUUAAUGUUUACCCAGGACGUGAUCACGCCGACUCAGUAUUUCAUAACUAUAAAGUUUUCCUCAACCCCAGCACGACAGAUGUGGUCUGCACAACUACUGCAGAGGCCUUGGCGAUGGGAAAAAAUGUAGUAUGCGCAGAUCACACAUCAAACGAGUUCUUUAAACAGUUCCCAAACUGCAGAGUGUAUGAGGAUGGGAAUGGUUUUGUUAGAGCCACACUCAAGGCUCUUGGGGAACAACCAUCACAAUUAACAGAGCAACAGAGACAUGAACUAUCGUGGGAAGCUGCUACGCAACGGUUUAUAAAAGUCUCGGAUCUUAACCGGUUAUCAAGAGCUGAUUCCAACUUAUCAAAGAGAAGUGCGUUUGCGUCGUCUUCUAUAAGUGUGGGGAAAAACUUGGAGGACAUGUCUGCGUAUAUUCAUUUCCUGGCGUCUGGAUAUGAAGCUUCAAGAACAGCUUUUGGUGCGAUCCCUGGAAGCUUGCAGCCCGAUGAAGAGUUGUGCAGAGAUCUUGGCUUGUCUCUCAAGACUCCUUCCCGGAAUAGUCUUAAGGAAGAUUGAUCCGUUGACUGUUGAAUCAUUAUUUGUGUGUGUUUUUUUUUUCUUUAUUUUUUCUCUGUAUAAUUAAUGUAAUCAUUCUAUAGCUUGUUGUAAUAUUGAUGGUUUACAUUAUUAACAUGAAGAUUAGGUUACAUGUAUCGGUUUGCUCUGAUUUUGUUUU